CUCGUCCUCCUUCACCUAAAAAAAAACCAACCCUCGUCCUCUUCUUUCCAAAUCGAUCUACUCUGUGUUUCUUCCAUGGCUGCCUCUCUGCAUUUCCUUCUUCUUCUUCUUCUUGUCUCCUCUUUUCUCUACAACUUCAAAGUAUCCCAAUCUCAUCCUUCUCACCCAAAACAAAAAGGUGCAAUCUUUCACGUCACCAAAGAUGUUACAACUCUCCAGUACGUGACCCAGAUCCGCCAUGGCAUCCCUGUCCGCCCCACCAGCCUCGUCCUCGACCUCGGAGGCCCUCUCCUCUGGCUCGGCUGCGCUUCCGAUUCCGACUCUUCAUCUUCUAGAACUCUCAUCUCUCGGAGCUCUAUAAAAUGCUUGUCAGCAAACCCAAACAUCCACAAAAGCAAGACCACCAAGUGCGAGAGUUUCACACAAAACAGAGUCAAUCAAGUGGCCACACAAGGAGAUCUAGCAGAAGACAUCAUAUUCGUUGAUGGGUCCCAAACUAAGUCCCUGCCUUUGCCUUUCUUGUUUUCCUGUGCACCCAAAUUGCUUAUGAACGACCUAGCAGCUGGUGCUAGAGGAAUGUUGGGCCUCGGCAGGACUCGGGUUUCGGCGGCGUCACAAGUUGCUGCAGCAUUGGGCUCCAAACCGCAGUUUAUCCUCUGCCUGUCUUCAUCAAACGGGGUCGUUUUGCACGACAGUGGGCAGUAUGGUUCUUAUUUUGUUGUCCCUGGAGUUUCAGACUCGCUCACAUACACCCCCCUGAUUACUAAGGUUGACUCACCACAUGAGUAUUUCCUCAACUUGAAGUCGAUCAGAGUCAACGGGAAGCAGUUGGCUUUGAAUUACAAAGAGGGUCUUGGAGGGAUUAAGCUGAGUACAGUUGUUCCCUACUCUACCAUGGAGAGUUCAGUGUAUGCUGUAUUUGUCAGAGCUUAUGAUCAAGCUGCUUUGGCUAUGAACAUGACCAGGGUGGCUUCUGUGGCACCUUUUGGACUCUGUUUUGGUACACAGGUUGGUUCGAGGUUGCCUGUUGUGGAUUUGGCGCUGCAGAGUGAAAUGGUGAAGUGGAGAAUUCAUGGUAGAAACUCUAUGGUUCAAGUGAUGGAUAAAGUUAAGUGUUUGGGGUUCUUGGAUGGUGGCCCAGAGCAGAAGAGUUCAAUUGUAUUAGGGGGUCAUCAAAUGGAGGAUACCCUGUUGCAUUUUGAUUUGAGUGCUUCAAUGCUAGGAAUUAGUUCUUCUAAGUUUAUGGAUCAGAGUACUUGCUCUGAUUUGGGACUGGGUUUUGGGUUUAGAGAGUCGAUGUAACUUCAAGCUAUACACUAAUAGAACUAAUU